CAUAACCCGUCAGUGACGAGGGGCGGCCAAAAAAUACCCCAAGGCGACGUCAACGGUUGACCUUGCCUGGACGUCUGCGGGACGACUUCGAUAACGGACCAAAAGGGGAAAAAAAGAGAUAUGUUCUAGAAAGAUGUCCCAGGAGGUGACAGUGAGGAUCCAUCCCCCGGAGGGGCACCGGUCCAUGCCGCACUCGCCCCUGCCGAGCCUCAGGGUCGAGGAGCUCACCAAAUGCUACGAGGCGGCUCAGACGAGGCUCGAAAUCGGUCUAAGGCUCGAAAAAUGCUUCUCGGACAACUGCCUCUACCCGGGCUCGGCCGGAUCGAGAGGCACGUCUUCCAAGUCGGACGGAGACAUCGCGUCCAACACGGGGGAAGAAGAGGUCAACGACGACUCCGCCGAAGCCGAAGUUGAGGAUCGGGGUAAAAUGACGAGCGUGAAGGCGGUUGGGGGUGGGUCCGUGCAGAUGACCCCCGACGGCCUCAUCCUCCCCAAAAGGCUUCACAACCCCUGCGUCGAGUCGCAGGACAGGCAGCGUCUGCACCGCGAGCUAAUGCUCAACCAGAAAAUCGGAAGGAACGUGCUGAAUCAGAAAUCCGAGCUUCAAAAGGCAAUGGAGAAGCACAGGGAGAACCAGUCGAGGCGUGAGGUCGAGGCGAGCAAACAGGAGAACAUGACCCCUUUCGAGAGAGUCAUCGAGCAGAGGGCGAAACGGCUCGAGAUCCUCGAAAAAGACCUACCUGAAAAGGACAUCUCGCCCAAGGAGCCGGAGUUCCUCCAGAUUCACGCCAAACUCCGCGCCAGGAUGGAUGCCAAGUAGUAAAAUAAUAAAAGUACAAUAACAUACAUAAAACACACCAACACAACAGGUUGUAAAUAAUAAUUUUUAAAAAUAUAAAUAGACAAGAAAACUGCCUCAUCAUCCUUAGUGUGUCCUGUUAAACUUAUUUUCUAACAGUUGAACCUUGUACGCCUGUUUUUAAUGUUUUCUGUCCAAUAGCCAAAAAACAACUCGACAAAAUACACAAAUAAAUAAAAACACAUCAAAAGAGUGCCUAAAACAAUAGAGACAGGACACAAAAUACACAUAAUAAAUAUGUAUCAUACAAAUUAUUACAAAAAAAUAUAUAUAUGUAUAUUUAUGUCUUUAAAAAAAAUUAUAUAGUGUAAUAAAAACAAUUAGAAAUUUAUCUUGAAAAAAUUAAAAAAAGAAAAAUGCAAUAAUUCUCGCUCAAAAAAAGUUAAAUUGUAGCUUUAAAAAAGUGGCAAAAUUAAAAAAAGCAUAUAAUGCAAAAAACAAUUUUCUUUUGUCUAAAAUUAAAAGGAAAAGUGUCCUUCCCCCCAAAAAAAUUUGUGGGCUUGUGAGUGAUUUUUUUUCUCUUCUUCUUUUUAAAUAAAUAUUAUUUUCGUCUUAAUAACUCCGCCCGUCUGGAAAAGCAGGAGAGGGCGAUAAGAUGAUGAUGAUGAUGAUGAUGAUGAAAAGGAUAUAUUUAUUUUCCUAUGUGAUUGUAUAUAGAUUAUAUAUGUAGAUUAAAUCUUGUGUUAAAACAAAAA